ACCGGAUCCUAAAGGGGAUCGCGUCGUUUUGACGUUCGAUGGUAAAUUCUUACCGUAUGCGAAGUGGUAGAAAAUGUAAUAUUUUGGUUUUGUAAUUGGCACGGCGCAGUCGCACCGAACUUUUAAACUCCGAUAUCAAACCAGCAAGGAAACAGAUUUCUACUCUACCUCUACCUCUCCUCCACAUUUCCUAGCCUUCAUCUCAUUUUACUAUCCUUAUUAUGUCGCUGAAUCUGGCACUCUCGAGCUCAUCUGCUUCAUUGCGCGCAAAGCCAUCUCUAUGCGAGCAUAGGAAGUUGUCGGAUUCUCAUACGGACUGUUCCUCGUCGCUUUCUGGAUGUACCAGUGAAUCAUCCACAUCCGAGCGAGUCUGUAAAGUCGAAUUUGCUUGUGAGCAGGUCUCGUUCCAGCCCCAUUCAACUGCUAGGAAUCGUCCUGACGAGGAAAUGACGCCUUUGCCCUUGUCGGACGAUGAUUUAGGAGAUGAUGCGGAGCCAGAUGAGCGUAUCAAAUCGCCGUCAUUGAUUCCGACCAACAUUUAUACCAAGAAACGCGAGGGUCGGAUGGGUUUUGGUGCUCGACGAGUUACUGCCCAGGUACGGCAUUUGUUUUUCGUGUUUCUUCCUGGUCCUCAGCCACUAUCUUCCCACUUAGGGAAUACCUUUUGGAGGAGCAGUUGGUCUAGGCUUAGGCCUUUCGUCACACUACUCUCUCUCCGGAGAUGCUACUAUUAGCCGACCUGAAAACUCCCCUAUUCUCCCUGAGCAACCUCGUCUAGUUGCCCUUCAUCUGGCGGACUGUCCCUCCCCAAUUCUACUUCCGCCGCCCUUUGUCAGUGUCACG